AUGCCUAAAGUAACUUAUGAUCCGGUUCGCAAAGUAUGGCGUGGUCCUGACGUCGAAGCGCACCCUUAUGGCAAAAAAAGCGCGGGAAAAGUUGUUUACGAAGCUCUUAUGAAAGAAUUAGAUCACGUAUGCCAAAUUAACGACGAUUCUAACGAGAUUUACACAAACAAAAGGAUGUUGACGGAAGCUAUUAGUGUCGCAAAUGGCUUGAAAGCUGCUGGAUUCCAACCAGGCGAUAAAAUUGUCUUUUUAAUGCAUAAUCAUCAUUAUUUGUUGCCCACGUGGCUUGGAUGUAUCUUUGCUGGAGUUGUUUUCUGCAACUUUUACUUUUUGGAUAGUUCUGUGAAAGAUGAAUUAUGUGAACUAAUUGGGCAAAUUAAGCCGAAAAUGAUGAUUACGUCAUAUUUGGAUGCCAUUGACACUUUCAAAGCGGUUUUUGAGGAAGUUAAGAUCGAUUGUCCGAUCUACAUUUACGAGAAUAAUCGUAAAGAUUGUCAUGAUUGGAAGCCAUUUUUAGAAAAUUUUGCAAGUCCCAUUGAGAAAUUUGUUCCUCCAAGUGUUGAAGAUCCCACUAAGGAAUUAUUGCUGAUAGUUUUAUCUUCGUCAACGACUGGAAAACCCAAAUUGAUCAACACUACGCACUCACAAAUGUUACUUCAAACAGUUGCUCCGCUUUCAAAAAUGGUUAUCAGUACCACAAUGCAACCAGGUUGGCAAUCCGAGUUUCUAAUUGCCUUUACUUGUCUCAUGAAUUACUGUUUUCGCAUCACUCGAGCUCUGUACACGAUCGAGGAGUAUCUUCUCAUGAUGGAAAAGCACAAAAUUCAAGUUGCUUUCAUCAAACCCAAAGACAUUUUUCGAAUGAUCAAAAGUGAUGUCAUCAAAAGUGUCAAUUUGGAAGAAGCUCUUCUAAUUAUCAGUGUUGGUGAACAUAUGAGUAUCAAAAUGGCGGAAGAUUUACAAAAAUACAUUCCAAACGGAACAAUCAUCUCGAUGUAUGGCAUUUCAGACCUUGGAGGAAUCGUCUGCGAACCGAGUGAAAAGGAAGAUUUUGUUGAUAACGUCGUGGGAAAAGUCCGAAGUGGCACAGAAUAUGUAGUUUUAGACGAAAAUGGGGAUCGAUUAGGACCGAAUCAAGUUGGCGAAUUCGGAAUUAAAUUAACAGCCCUUCAAUUUCCCGGUUAUUAUAAUAAUCCAAAACUUACGAAGGAAAGUAUGAAUGAGGAUGGAUACUUUUAUUCGGGAGACAUGGGAUAUAUUGAGGAAGAUGGACAUAUUUACUUGAUUGAACGUAAAAAGUAUCACAUUCCUUAUUGCGGAAAAGUGAUUAAUCAGAGUGAUGUGGAAAGGAUCGUGCUGGAAAAUGUCAAAGGCGUAAACGGAGUUUGUGUUGUCGAUGUUGAAAGUGAUGCGCAUGGAAUGGUUCCUUAUAUCGCGAUAAUUCCGGAAAAAGGAAUAGUUUUGAAGAAAUCUGAAGUAAUUGAAACUGUUAUGAAACAUCAUCCAUUUCCGUUUGAAACUAAAGUCUUCUUCUUUGAAAAUCUACCGAUGACCAUUUCAGGCAAAUAUAAGAAGCAUCUUGUACGAGAAAUGAUCAUGAAGUUGAACGAGUAA